AUGCCGGAUAUCGACCCCGCGGCCCUGAGCCGCCCGUCGGUCACCCUAUCGACGCCUCCUUUAUCGAACAAAGCUAUAGUGGUUUCUGCACCGGGCGCGCAGAAGAUUACCAAGUCGAGCCAAAUCAUACCAGCGAGAAUUGACCUAGAGCCUCUCUACACGGCCUUGAAAUCAACCAUCCCCAGCGACCAAUGGCUCGUGUACAAAGAAUCAACAACCCAGUUCCUCAUAGGGGCUUGCCCCUGGGUUAGCGCCAACGACAAGCCUGUCACAGGACAAGGCGCUAAGCCGACGACCGGCGAUGCGAGCGAACGAAGAUUGAAAGGCGAGGUCAUGCAGCUGCUUAGCAGAGAUCGCAGGCGCAUUAAAGACUUGGCCAAUAAUGAUUUCGAUCCGCAUGAGAGUCUCGCUGGUGUCUUUUCGGAGACAUAUAAACGGCCAGCCAAGGUUAUUGAUGUACCCCAGAGCGCUGCUGGUAUAAAUAACAUGAACGCCGCCCAGCUGAUGCUGGUUGCUACCGAAACCUUUAUCAAGGACGUUUUGUCUACCGUCUUUAGCCGGACUAGAAGCAACGCGCCAGGCGCCUCCGGCAGCACUGGGACAGAUGUCGGAACCACCUGGAUUCAAACCCAUGCUUAUACAAAACAGCUCGCUGUCGAAGAGGAGGCCUCGCGCAAAGGCGAGCUCACGCGAGAUAAAGGGGGCCUCCUGCCAGUCGAGGCGAAAGCCGCCAGUGAACGCGGGCCGCUGGGCCUGGCAGAUAUGCAGCUAGCGAUGGAGCUCGCGGAUAUCGGGCUGGCCAAUUUCCCAGUUAUAGAAACUUCGAUGACCUACGGGUACCGUGACGGCGAGCUAGAGCACUGGGAUGACUAUACCUGGACCGAUGAGCAGUACAGUAAACUGCCCCCAACCGAAAUACCCCGUAUCCCUGGCCUAGGUAGCAGUUCGGGCCCUGAGCUCACGAACGGCCACGCGGACGCCAUGGACAUCGACAACGACAUGUGGUGGGAGGGCACCGAAGCUCAGGAUAUGGGCAGCUUAGACUCCGUUCUCGACUCUUGCUUGGCUGUAGGGUAUUAA